AUGAUCUUAAGAUUACUCCUCUACCUCUUACCCUUCACAUUUGUCAGAACAGAAAAUAAUCCAGAGUGUGCCACGAGGGUUGAUGUCCUCGACGGAAAAGAUCUCGUAGAAGGAGUAGCAAGAUUUCUCACUGAAAGGGUAAUAGCUCUAAGCUCGUUGCACUGCGCUUUGAGCUGUUACAAUAAAAAUUGCGACGUAGCUUACUAUCAUAAAGAUACACGCGAGUGUCGAUUCACACCUGACUCCUCAUCGGAAACUGUGAAGCUUCCGUGUAAUGAUGUGAUUGCAGAAGAGCACAAGGAAGGCAUAGAGAUAUUGGACAAAGUUAAGAGAUUUUGUAUGCGAUGUAGAGGAUUCACUGUUACCGAAAAUCGGAGGAAGUUUAGCGAAGGAAAUUCACAGGUGAAGAUACAAUCAAAUACGGUCGAAACAAAGCCAGUGCCUGUAACUGUGGUUCAUUCAUCAAAACCACGUAUUAGAGUCUUCAUGCCAUCAACCGUUAACGUGCCCAUCCCACCAAGGCCAAAAGUCAGUGCAAAACCACUACACCACACAAGUCGGAAAGUGAGUACUCUUCCACUGCGAGUGAUAACUAACCGGCAUAAAAGCUUUCUUACGUUGGACAUUCAACGGGUUGAUGGAUCAUCAGAUAAGAGAUCACGCUUCCAACAUGUUCCUGGUAGAUUAGUACGGCCGGCUUUGAACACGACGCAGCGACCAACUCGUACCAAAUCACUUCGUCUCAAAAAACUACGACGUCGGAAACAGGGUUACAGUUUCCGAAAAGACGCAUACAAGAUUGCGGUACUUCCGCCAAAGCCGACAAGGUUCUACGCCGAAGCUGCUACUAAUGGCAGUAUCCGAUUUUUAAGGAAAAAGAGACGAGGUUGGGGAAAUGCAUAAACAGUCGUGAAGUUCUCAAUGUCGCUCGGCACUCAGAAAUCAGGAUUUUACUUAGUCUGAGGGUAUUUGUAUUUUGAUUUUAACAAUUAUUGCGAAUAUUGACAUUGAUUGUGU